AAAAAUAAAAAUAUAGGUUAUAUAAUAGUCCCUUGCCUUAAAUAUUCAUUUUAAUAUAAAACAACAUUCAUGACAUCACUACAUGUUUACAUUUUGUCUUAAUCAUUUAGGAAAAAAGUAAACUAUUCAAACGUUUCGUCUUUACUGCUGGUCGCAUUCUGUUUCUUGGUGUUUGUUGCUGUUGUUUUUUACUCUAGUAAUUGAUGACAUUCUUGGCAUGCACCACAUUCUUGGGGAUCGGACUUUAAAUGUCAAACGUUUCCAGCCUAUAUUAGGACGCCCAGAAGGGGAAACAGAAGAAAGGAAAUUGCGCCUUCCGCCUUUCAUAGAAAUAAAGGAUGCCAACAUUCAUAAAAUUUCAUUUGUCACCAGUUCAAGCAAAAUGAAAGAAACCUUCCAACAAGAAUUAAUCAAAACGUACACACAAAUAAAGUGGCCAACAGAUAUUGAUCAUAAUGUACAAUUACAUUGUAUGCUAACUCGAAAUGAUAAAAAUUGCUUUAAAAUAGCAAAAAGCUGGGGAAAACAAGCACAUGCUGAAUUCAUGAGACUUUUGGAUACGAUUAUCCUUCAUCGCAUUGCUAUAUUACAAGACAUAAGACAAAAGGUAAUGUCUUUUCUUCAAAAUUUAAUUGUUAAGGAUUCAACCAAUGUAGCGAUUGUUAACAAAAAAGAGGAGCAUCUUAUUUUUGUUGUGGGAACUAAAACUGCAGCUGAUGACCUGAAAGACGUCAUAGAAAAGGGAAUAAACAAGAUAAUAGAUGCUGCGGAAAAGGAGAAGCAAACAGUCACAGAAAUAUUUUCAAAUCUAGAGAACAUUGAGACAAAGAUGCUGAUUUUCCAACACUUUUCAAAGGAGUUAGAAGACAAAUUCGACGACUUAAAUGUAGAAAUCAAAACUGAUAGAAACGAAAUACAUUUGAAAGGUCAGAUAAAUAAUGUGAAGAGCGCACAGUUAGCUAUCUAUGAUAGAAAGAGCAAUUUCGAAGUUACAAAGAUACGUGACAUAUCUAAACUGGCGUUAACGUUAUUACAGUUAGAAAGCACACGUAACGCAUUGCAAUGUAAACUAGAGGCUAAAUCAAUUCGAGCGGUAUGGGAACCUACUACAGAUGGGAUUGUUGUAUGCUGCUACAAACCGUCUUCAAUUGAAAAGGCAGUUGAUAUAAUUCGUUCAUUUAUCUGUAAUGAACAAAUAGCAAUCAAGAAAGGAACAGUUCCAGACCUAGAGACGGAAAAAUGGAGAAAAAAAAUUGAAGAAAUUUAUUCAAAACAUCCUGGAAAAGUUAUGAUAUCACUUGACGAAAACCAAGAAAAAAUCCAUAUAUGUACAUUGGCUGACAAACAUACAUUAGUAAAAGAAGAAAUUCAGCGUUUUUUAGAAGCCAACACGAUUACUACUCAAAUCAUUUCAAAUUCAAAAGAAAUCAACAGGUUCUUGGAAAAGAAUUGUAGAAAAGAAAUCGAAGAAAUUUAUCUAAGGCAUCAACAAUAUUAUGUAAAGAUUAUACACUUGGAUCAAUUUAGAGGUCUCGAAGUUCAAGGUUUGCAGAAGGGCGUCCAAGAUGCGAUACAACAAAUUAGGAUUCUGAUUAAAAGAAUUAAGCAUCAUACCCACACGGUUACUAAACCCGGGAUCGCAGAACAUAUAUCGUCUCCUAAAGGAAAAGAUAGCAUCCAUACGAUUGAAUACUCAUUGGAAUGUGUAAUUGUUGUGGAAGGAGAUAUAGCUGAUAAACAAAUGACAGAAAAAGAACUUGGAACAAGAUCGCAUACAACUUUUCAUGGGACGACUAUUUAUGUGUGGCAAGGAGACAUGACAGAAUUGGAAGUCGAUGUCUUAGUCAAUCCGUCAGAUAAAAACUUAGCAUCAACCGGUGGACUUGGAAAGGCAAUCUUCACAAAAGGUGGUCAAAUGAUAAGACAUGACUGUAACGACUUUAUCGGUAGAUAUGGAAGCUUGAAGGACGGUGAGGUUUUUAUCAGCAGCGCAGGAGACUUAAAAGCUAAAAAUGUCGUACACAUCAAGAGCUCGCGCUGGGAAAAUGGAACAAAUAUGGAUAAGGAAUUAGAAUCAACAGUCUUUAUGUGUCUUCAAAAGACAGCCAAUUUACAGAACAAGUCCAUUGCAAUACCAGCUAUUGGUUGCGGAGUGAAUGGUUUUCCUGUUGACAUUUCAACCUCAAGCAUUGUUAAUGCAUUAAAGCGGAUAUUGAUGGAAUAUCAGGACAGUUCAUUAUGUGAAAUAUAUCUAUGCGAUAUGAACACAACAAAUGUGGAGGGUUUUACUUGCGCAUUACAAAAAGUAUUUGGGAUUACUAACGUCGUCUUGGAUGAUGGCGGAAAAAUGGAUACUAGCAGUCAUGCAUCCUUUCCGCAACAAAUGGAUGCUGGAAUAAAGAGUGUAUCAGGAUCAAUAAUGCAAAGAAGUUAUGAUGGAAAUGGAUUUUCAGAAUCAAUUUCGGGGCAUCGUAAGGAUGAAAGUGUUGUCAUAGGCAAUGUAGCUGUAACAGUAGUAAAAGGAGAAAUAGCAAAACAAAAGGCGGAUGUAAUUGUAAACACUACAUCAAAUAAUUUAGAUUUGAGAAACGGUGCUGUGUCUAUGUCUCUAUCAAAAUCAGCCGGAAGGGCAUUACAGGAUGAAGUAACUGCUAAAUUCCCAGAUGGACUCGAAAAUAAAACAAUAGCUGUAACUGGUGGACACAAACUACAUUGCAAUUUUGUCUUUCACACGGCGUUGUCAAAUUAUAAGGACAAUAAUCCAAAGGAAAGUAUAACAGGUCUCCAUAAAGUCAUAAGAGAAUGUUUAGAGUGUGCGCAACAACACAAUUGUCAAAGUAUUGCCUUGCCGGCAUUUGGAACGGGUAAUUUGGGAUAUCCGCGAGAUGUUGUCGCCGAAGAAAUGUUCAAUGCGGUAAUACAAUUUCAAAAUGAUAACUCCAACACCAGUGUACAAGACGUGCGGUUUGUUAUUUAUCAAAAUGACACUCAAACUUUACAGGCAUUUAAAGCGAACGAGGCCAGGGUGAAUGAUAAACUGCAUUCAGCAUCAAUUGCAGGGAAAACAGGGCAUACUGAUAACACUAUUGGAUAUGACAUCCUACAUGCAAUUCCAAGCGGCACCAAUCAACAAACAAGUGGAAACUUUACAUUUGAUAGCGUCAAUGUCAUGGUCAAACAUGGAGAUAUAACACAAGAAAAUACAGAUUGUAUCGUGAACAGUACUAAUAUAGACUUGAACUUAAUGAUAGGUAAAGUGUCACAGAAAUUGAUGGACAAAGGAGGAAACGCAUUACAAGAAGAAAUAGAAAAUCACAAAUCUGAAAUGAAAAGAAGCAAAAUAGUAACGACAUUGGCACCAGGUUUGCCUUGCAAACAUAUCAUUCAUGUUGUGCCUGACUCAAAAGACGUUGCAGCAACUGUGAAGAAGUGCUUAAAGGAAGCUGAAAACGAAAAAAUGAACAGCAUUGCAAUGCCUGUUUUUGGAACUGGCAAGAUAUAUGCAGGUUCGAAAACAGUUGAUCCAGGCACUGUUAUAGAUGUAGCUAAAAAUAUGUUUAAAGCAAUAAGAGAAAUUUCUAAAUCUCAACCAAGAUACAUAAAAGAAGUCAGAUUGGUCAUCUUCCAAACUGAAUUGUUACCUGAAUUCUUAAAAGCAGCAGAGGAUGUCGCUGAUUCUAAUAGCUGGUAUGGGAACAUCUGGAAAGGAGUAAAAAAUGCACUCGGUAUGUCAGGACCUAGUCAUGAAAAUAGUGACACGACAUUUAAAACAAGACCCGAUUACAACUCUGUUUCAUUCAUCAUAAUUGCAAUGAAAGACGAAGUGAUAAGAAAGGCUAUCAAAAAGCUUGACAGUUCUCUAGAAAAAGAAAUGCAUACAAAAAUCAUCGAUGACCAUACCAUUUGUCAACUUGAAGACAUACAGGUCGAUGAAAUGCAUGGAAUUGCUCAACAAUGUCAUGUUCAAAUGACCAUGGAUAAAAAUAAAGCAACAAUAAAGCUUGCAGGAAUAGUAACAAAUGUUAUGAAUGCUUCUGACAAGAUUAGCACGUUGCUGAGGGAUGCGGAACGGAUGGAGUUUUUAAAAAACAUUGCACAGUGGUUUUAUAUUGAAGUUUCACAAACUGGUGAACAAGUUCUACCUUAUGGAAAGGACAUAAAUAUGAUAAUAGAAAAUGCGUACAAACGUCAAAGAAGUACGGUUGAAUAUAGCGUAGGCGAUUCUGACUUUAUUCUUGACUUUGCGUCAAUGGAAGAAUAUCCUGAAAAUAACAUCUCAGAUAAAGUGAAAGUCAUCAGGAGGGAUCUUGUUAAGGGUGGAUCAUUUGAACUCCCUGCAACCUGGGAUGAUAUGAAGGGGGGGAAUUUACGAGUUGUGAAUUUGACUUCGGGCAGUACUGAGUAUACAGCAAUCGAAAAACAAUUCAAAGAUUCUGCUGGCCAGUACAAAGACACAAGUGGUCAAUGCCAGGACUGGGUGGUGGAAAAGAUUGAACGUGUGCAAAACAAAGUUCUUUGGGAACAGUACCAAUCUAAGAAAAAACAACUUGAAAAGCAAAACCCGUCUGGUACCAUUAAUGAAAGGGAGCUUUGGCAUGGAACCAGCGCUGAGCCUGUCGACAGCAUCAAUGCACAUGGUUUUAACAGGAGCUUUUGUGGCAAAAAUGCAACCGUAUUCGGUGACGGUGUUUACUUUGCAAUAGAUGCAAAGUACUCAUGCCAAGACACAUACUCGAAGCCAGACACUAGCAGAAUAAAAAGAAUGUACCUAUGCAAAGUGUUGACUGGAGUAUAUGCAAAAGGUGAACGGGGAAUGAGAGUCCCACCUUCGAAUCCCAAUGGAGGACCACAUGCACUUUACGACUCCGUUACUAACGACACGAACAAACCACAUAUGUUCAUCAUAUUUCACGAUACUCAAGCUUGUCCCGAGUAUCUCAUUUACUUUAAAUAAUAAUUAUAUAUUAUUAGUUUAAGAAUUCAUAUAUGAUUAUAAUUAAAAUUAAGUUUAAAAUAUAAUUAUAACUGGUAUAUGGGAAUAAUGACGGAAGAAAUACAUUUGUCCUAGAAAUCGAAAUGAGGUAUGAUGUGGAAUAAGUUAUUAAUUGACGUUAUUUGUGUAAUAUUAAAUAUCCAAUGUGUUUACUUUAAAUGUUUUUCUUUUAGUUAUUUACAUUCGAAUUUUUGCUGGAAAGUUCUAUCUUACGUAAGUUUUGCAACUGUAAUAAGAAAUAGUUCAAUGACUGUAUCUAACAAAAUAUACUGCAACUGCAAUCAGGAAUAGUUCAAUGAACAUAUAUCAUAUCGGAAAACAGAAUACAACCUGCUGUUACAAUACAGUUUUAAACACAUGUUAUUUUUUCCCUUAUUCAACUUGCAAUUAAUGUGUACAUUUAGCAGAACUGAACAAUCAUUUUCUUUCAAUGUUUAUUAUGAAAUAUUUUACUGAUUACAAACGGUUUGAUAUAGCUUAACAAUAUUUAAGAAUGUCGUUUUUGUCUUUUAUAAUCUUUUAUCAUGAUUUAUUUGAUUUGAUUAUUGAUUUUAUGUUGAGUGUUUUUUUUUUGUUGUUGUUUUUUUUUGUUGUUUUUUUUUUGUUAAUGAUUUUGAUAUGAUAUCACGUAGGGCACUCUAUGAUACCGCAUCAUUAUUUUUAUUAUUAAUUGAUUAUUUAUUUUAUUAAAAUGUGUACUAUUCAAAUAUGUCUGGAAAAGGUAAACAUGGAAAUUUUAAAUAUCACGUUGUAAAAGAUAAGUUCAAAGUUUUAUGAAAACGUUUAUAAUAUGAAAAUUGAAAGUUUGUUUAACAUAUUAAUAAGUUACCUAAAUAAUGUAAUUCAAUAUUGGUUGUAAAUAAGAGAUAUGAUCAAUACGUGAUAUUUAUAUAACAAGUUGAUUAUUGUUUUGUAAUCGAUAUACAAACAAUUUGAGUAUAAGUAUCUACGAUUGGCAUGCAUAUGUUUUGAGGAGAUGUUUUGUUAGAAAGCUCGCAUAUGUAUUAUACGCGGCAUCUUCAUAAAAAUGUUUUUUUAAAUAAUAUGCUGAUGCUAUUGUUCUUUAUAAUAUUAUUUACUCACUUGUUAAUUGUUUUACCUAUCGACUGAUAUGAAUAUAUUUGUUUUGUUUUUAGUUUGAUGUUCUUGUAAUAUUUUGGCUUAUCAAAGGGUGUACAGCUUUAAAAAAAGUGUAAAAGGUUGUCUCAUUCUUUACGUAGUAAGUUGUAAAUUAUUGAUGCUUUUCUGAUAAAAUAGGUGCUGCUUUGUUUCUCUUGUGUUUCAGAUAUCUUUGCGAUUUGAAAAACAACAACAAUAAACAAUUACAUAUAAUCUUCCGCAAGGAUUCUAAACCUUUUAAUGCAUAUAUUCAUAUUUAUUUUAAUAAUUUGACUAGUACUAACUACAAUGUACCAUUUUCUACUACAUUUAAACAUAAGUUUUAUAUUUAAUAAGAUUCACUGACCUUUUGUUAUGUUUAUUGAUUGGCGAUAAAUGAUUAUUCUUACUCAGUAUAAAAUAUAAACAUUUAAUUUAAAUGAGUGCUAAUUUAUUUUUUGUUUGUAUGUUAACGGAAAUGUAACUAUAAAAUUGUGCGAUUAAAAAUGCUUUUCAAUAAACAAAGUGACAUCUUCCAAGUUAAGAACAUAAAAUUUUUAGAAAACAAAAUGUUAAAAUCAAUUUGCUUUUUAUAUAUUGUUAAAACUGUGUGCUUAUAUUAUUAUGAUAUCACAGUGCAAUAGCUGGUAGAAAAAUUUUUAGAAAUAAGUAAUACUCUACAGAAAAUAUAAAAUUGUUUACAAUCAGAUUGAUCUUGUUUUGUAAGCGUUACAAUUCAUUUCACUAUUUUUAAGACAUUAUCAGAUAAUUAUAAUCAGAUUAUUAUAUAAAUUAUACAUAUCUUUAAUUGUUAUUUUUACUUGCCGUUAUCUCAAUAAUUUUAUAAUAAAGGAAUUAUGAUCCGUACAAUACGGUGAAAUCAAGUAAAUCCAACAAUUACUUUAUUAACAUUUAUUCAUAUAAGAUUAAAAAAAGCAACCUAGAAAUUGUAUUUGAUACAAUAUUUUGUGUAUUGUAUUUCUGAAAACAUGUAUGUAAACUAUUGAUCACUGAUUAUAAAAAAGUACAUAGUCAAACUUCAAACAAUUUCUUCUUGUAUUUUGUAUGAAAGUUUCAAUGUGACUUUUUGAAGUGUAAUUUUUGUUAUUGAAAUGAAAAAUCAAACGCAUUAAUGCUAAGGUGAUCUAAGAAUAAACAUCGCCAAGGUGGAUAAAUAUUAGGUAUAUGUAGCUAUAUCGUAUUAAUCAGAUAAUAAAUCUUUUGAAAAACA